AUGGCCUACGAUCAAGGAGCAAAGAGGAGAAAGACUGACGAAGGCAGCUAUGUCGACCCUUCAGAAAGUGGUAGCGGCCGCAAGUGGACAGUCUCCGUUGCAAUUCCCAGCAGUAUUCUCUCAGAUGCUCUUACAGCUGAGCGCCGCAAUUCCGUAGCCGGUCUCAUCGCCCGCGCUCUCGCCGUCUUCUCCGUCGAUGAGAUCGUAAUCUUCGACGACAGCCCGACCGAAUCCCGGCCCAAGAGCGUCGACACAAAAGCCUACACCGGCGACAUCGACCCCUGCCACUUCCUCGAGCACCUCCUCGGCUACCUCGAAGUCCCACCCUUCAUGCGCAAAAUGCUCUUCCCCCUCCACCCGAACCUGCGCCUCGCCAGCCAGCUGCCCUCGCUCGAGAUGCCACACCACCCAAACCCGGCCGAAUGGCUUCCCUACCGCGAGGGCGUCGCCGGCAAGGGAACGCCCCGGGGCACCAUGAUCGAUGUCGGUCUUAAGGACCAGGUCCUGAUCGAGGACGAGGUCCCCCCCAAUACCCGCGUGACGCUGUACCACCCGGACCAGAGAUCGCAAAAGGCCGAGGCGUGCGACCCGUCGGCUCCGAGGGAGGAGGGCGGCUUCUACUGGGGAUAUCAAGUCCGUCGCGCCAACUCGCUGACGGCGGUGUUCACAGAGUGCAAGUUCGAGGGUGGCUACGACGUCAGUAUUGGCACAUCGGAGCGCGGACGCACACUCUCAGAGGCCUUCCCCAGCGCCGAGCCCCUAGAAUUCAAGCAUCUUCUCAUUGCGUUUGGUGGACCCAGAGGUAUCGAGUAUGCGGCGUUGAACGACAAGGAGCUCGAGGGUAUGGAUAUGGGUCCCUCAAAGGCCAAGGAGCUGUUUGACCACUGGGUCAACAUCCUGCCUGGCCAAGGCAGCCGUAACAUCAGGACAGACGAGGCUCUGUGGGUUGCGUUGACGAGCAUGAGAAGGUUGUGGUAUGAGGUCUGA